AUGAAGUCUGCCUUGGCCUUCAUCGCCCUCGCGGCCGUUUCCACCGCCACUGUUGCGGAUUUCAAGGCCAUUUGGGGCCUUGAGUGUGGUUUGCCCUGCAUGAGUGACGCUGUGAUAGACAUGGGCUGCAAGGACGUGUCCGACAAGGCCUGCAUGUGCACCACGUGGGGCGAGUUCAAACUCGCCUUCAAGACGGCAAACUGUGCGCGGAAGGCAUGCGGCUGGAAGCACGAAUUCAAGUUCCAGACAUCCCUCUGGCACUAUUGCCACUCUGACGAGCUCAUCGUGCCCGCGGUGCCUGCCAUUCCCAUCCCGACUAAUACAGCCGCGCCCUGGACGCCCACGAUCGACUCCAGCACGUUCGCACCUCGCACUACGACCCCGAUCCCGGCCACGACUGAGACUGAGACUGCCGCUGCCGCUACCACCGUCACCACGACCACUUCCACCGAGACGACCGCCUUCCCCGCCUGGAACGUGAAUACCACCGCGACGACCACCACCACGACUGUUUCGGUCACCCAUACGAGCACCGACUGCACGGGCUGUCCCCCCGCGACGCCUUGGACGAUUCCAGCCGCGACUACCACCAUCACUUGCACCGAGUGCGCCGAUGGCGCUGGGCAGGAGACGGAGGCGGCACAGACAGCCACCCCGACCUGGGACAACGGCGCCGCCGGGCAGCAGACGGCCGACGACACCCCGACCUGGACGCCGGCCAAGGUGCCCGCAAACACGACUAUCCCUGCGGUGGUUACCGCUGGGGCCAACGCCGCCCGUGGCGCCGGUGCGCUUGUGGCGAUGCUGGUCGCGGCCGUGGCUCUGUAA